AUGAAGUUUAUUCUAGUGUUGAGCUUCUUGGCCGUCUGUGCUAGCCAAGAACUGCCUGUCACCCUUCCAUCGGCUGAUCUACUCAGCCAAGUGAUUGCCGAUCUGAACAGAAUCUUGGCCAUCCUAGGUAUUCCAGCUGUCGACCCAAUCACCCUGCCACAAGGAGUAUCUAUUCCUAGUAUACCUACAGUUGACGGAGUAUCUCUACCAGGUGGUGUGUCACUCCCAGGUGGAGUUUCAGCCCCAAGCCUUCCAGGAGUGUCCGACCUUCCAGUUGGCGGCCGAAAGAAGCGUCAGGCUGAGUCAACCCUCGAGGAGAUUCUUGCUGAGAUCAACUACCUUUUGAGUGCUUUGGGUCUACCAAACAUUGAUCCAAACAGUGUCACUUUGCCAGCCGGAGUAUCUCUACCAGCCGGCAUCACACUUCCGAGCAUUGGUGGAGUAUCUCUUCCAGUGUCUCUGCCAGGCGUUGGCGGAGUAUCUGCUCCAGUAUCAGCUCCAAGCCUUCCUGGAGUAUCAGACGUUCCUCUUCGUGCCGCGCGUCACGUCUAA